AUGGUCAGCCUGAAGGAGAUGGCUCGGUCCGAUAAGGAGCGCGCCCCGCCAGCAUGGCUGCAUACGCUACUGGCGACAACGUUCUUUGAUGCAUGCCCGGAGCACUUGGAAAGCGAGGGCUGUGCUAACAGGAGGACCGCUACUAGCUGCAACUUCUUCUGCACUCACUGUGCUGGCCAUGCCCUUUGCUCUAGCUGCCUCGACAACCAUGAAGGCCAUGAACUCAUCCAGAUCCGGAAGUUAUCAGGCCACAAUGCUGUGAAGGUAGACGACAUUCAGCAUCUGCUAAGCGUGUCAUUUGUGCAGACCUACCUCUACAAUGGAGGCUAUGCCGUGUUCCUAAACAGACGGCCUAUGUAUGGUCUGGGAAAUCAUGGUGUGUCUCACUGUGAGGAAUGCGAAAGGGGACUUCUGGAUAAGGCUUACCGCUUCUGCUCAUUUGGGUGCAAGGCUGAAGGAAUAGAGGACCGACUUGAUUUUAACGUCUCAUUUGCUGUCAAUCCAAACAAAUAUGAGACAGAAUCAGAUGACAACGAAGGUUCAUUUUCAGAAGCUGGGUACCACAUGAGCAUCGUGUAG